CCCACCCCCCUUGCAUUGCAUUGAGCUUUAGCAACUCGCCUCUUAGAAUAUUGUUAGCAGCAUCACUACCAUUACAUGCCGAUCGAUUUGCUGCAGCGUAGCAUGUAGGAUGUUUUUAAUUUAGACCCAUGUUGCGACAAAAGCCGUUCUCUGUCCCUCUAUAAAUAUCGUCAGGCCUCGAAUGCCUGGUUCGAAGCAACACAGAUCGAGCCAUCCAUUGGCGGGGCAGGGAGCUAGUAGCCAGCCAGAGUCUAGCUGAGAAGUUGGUGGUCGCCUUGUGAUAGGAAGCGGCGAGAGGUGAGCAGAGGAGGGAUCAUGUCGUGGAGCGUGAGCGAGAACGCGCGGUUCGAGCGCGCGCUGGCCACCUACGACGAGGACACCCCCGGGCGGUGGGAGCGCGUGGCGGCCGCGGUGGGCGGCGGCAAGACGGCCGACGACGCGAGGCGCCACUACGCGCAGCUCAUCGUGGACGUCGGCGACAUCGAGUCCGGCGGCUACGCCGGGUACCCCAACGGCCGCUCCGGCGACGCCCGCAACGGCAACAGGAACAACAACAACAACGACAAUAACAACAGGGGCAGAGCCAACCGGCCGCAGACCUGACGGAACCGCGCGCGACGGCGCAUAAGCUGCAGCUCCAUCGUUCGCCAUGUCAUCAGAUAUAUAUACAUAUAUUUGUAUAUGCCGUGUGUAUACGCAUGAUGCAUGCAGGUGUGCACAAGUGUGUCUGUCGGGAACUGAAGAAAGCCUGUUCCGUAGCGGCGUAGUAGUGUGCGUCGCAUGGCCUGCUUGCUAGCUAUAAAGCAGCAGCUGCUCGGCCGGCGGCAAUGCUCUUCGACCAUCUUAUAUUGCAGUGCAUGUAAAGCUUAUUGUGUGACUGCUCAUAAUCGAUCAAGAAUCAACUAAUUUAUUACA